AGAAGGAAGGGCUGCAGUCUUUCAGCAACAGAGUUUAGGCUGUGUCUGCUUCAUCAUCUGAGGAAAAAUCCCCCGAUAAGUCACAAGGCUUUCUGAGUAGAAAACCCAAAACAUUACAGGCUGCUCAUUGUUUCGUGUCAGAAUUAGUUACCAUGAUGCGAUGGGGAAGAUGUGGCUGUUUGUUUGUAUCAGAUGUUCCUGUUCACGUUGGGAAUGCAUCGAAUAGACAGGGCUAAACAAGGUCAGUGACUUAAAAAGUGCCUUUGCCAAGUCACUUUUCCGAGCGAGGACUGCUACGCCCGUGUUCUCAAAAUCCCGUCUUUGCCAGCCAGACAUUGCCUUCACCUUACACCUGGCAGAAGAUACCUCAGCUGUCUCCAUUUGCCAAUUAGUUGAUGGGAAACUGAAAGCAGAAAAAGGAUUAUUAUUAUUGUUAUUCCUGGGACAUGAACAAAUGACUGCGUUGCUUUUCUCGUGUAAUCAAUACCGGCAAGCAACCAUCAGGGGACUGCUAUUCUAUCAAGGAGUGCCAUUGCAUUGAUGGACCUUGGCUUUAAACCAGUGCAUCCGUGAUUACAAUCAACAAACCCACGUGUUUUACAGACAGAAAUGCGACUGAGCAUGUGUUUUCCCAGCCAAAAGUCUACGAGCGGGACUUAAUGAUUGAUGAGUGACUGCUUGCUGAUAAACUUUCUCUGCUUGUUCUGCUUUGUGUGCGUUGGACGUCGUUAAUCGUCCCCCACUGUUUGUUUUUUUUAACUUAAUUUUCCAUUAGAAUUGAAGUUAUUUUUUACUGACUUCCUUCCCCCCCCCNCCUUUGUCAUUAGUUUUGGAAAUUUCUUCAGCAUAAUUCACCUGACAGCAACUUACAAGUUCAAAAUCAGCUUCUCAUCAUGGCUUUGAAUGUUGCUCCCGUAAGAGACACAAAAUGGCUGACACUAGAAGUGUGCAGGCAGUUUCAGAGGGGAACUUGUUCACGCUCUGAUGAAGAAUGCAAAUUUGCACACCCCCCUAAAAGUUGCCAGGUUGAAAAUGGAAGAGUUAUUGCCUGCUUUGAUUCCUUAAAGGGUCGUUGUACAAGGGAGAACUGCAAGUACCUUCACCCACCAACACAUUUAAAAACUCAACUGGAAAUCAAUGGCAGGAACAACUUAAUCCAGCAAAAAACUGCAGCAGCAAUGCUCGCCCAGCAAAUGCAGUUCAUGUUUCCAGGGACACCACUACAGCCAGUGCCCACAUUUCCAGUGGGUCCCACAAUAGGAACGAACACGGCUAUUAGCUUUGCUCCUUACCUAACGCCAGUAACACCAGGAGUUGGCUUAGUCCCGACUGAGAUCCUGCCCACGCCGCCUGUCAUUGUUCCUGGAAGUCCACCGGUUUCAGUCCCCAGUUCAACUGCUACCCAGAAACUCCUCAGGACUGAUAAACUGGAGGUGUGCAGGGAGUUCCAGCGGGGGAACUGUGCGCGUGGAGAGACUGAUUGCCGCUUUGCGCAUCCGGCAGACAGCACAAUGAUUGACACAAAUGACAACACCGUAACCGUGUGUAUGGAUUACAUAAAAGGUCGUUGCAUGAGGGAGAAAUGCAAGUAUUUUCACCCUCCUGCACAUUUGCAGGCCAAAAUCAAAGCGGCGCAACACCAAGCCAACCAGGCUGCAGUGGCAGCCCAGGCAGCUGCGGCAGCUGCGACUGUGAUGACUCAGUCGACUGCCAAAGCAAUGAAGCGACCUCUCGAAGCAACUGUAGACCUGGCCUUUCCUCCUGGUGUUCUUCACCCUUUACCAAAGAGACAAGCACUUGAAAAAAGCAAUGGUGCCAGUGCCGUUUUCAAUCCCAGUGUCUUGCACUAUCAACAGGCUCUUGCCAAUGCUCAGUUGCAGCAACAUGCAGCGUUUAUCCCGACAGGGUCAGUUUUGUGCAUGACACCCGCUACCAGUAUUGAUAAUCCUGAAAUAGCCGGCAGGAGCGGGACGGAGUGUCACGAAGCCUCCCUGCGGACGGCCAAGCACGGCUACUGUACAUACUACCCCGUCUCCUCCUCUCUAGAGUUGCCACAAACUGCAUGCUAAGUCAAGAAUUUGUUCUUAUGGACAAAUCAAAAACUCAAAAAAGCUAGUGCUGCUAUGUCAUAUAUGAAUAUUAAAUAUGGUAUGCUUACUAUACUCCAACCUAAAAUAGUUAACUACCUGAUACCAGCUGUGAUGUUUCAAGACAUAAAGAAUAACAUUUAGUUUUAAAGGUUUUCUAAGCAUAGUUUAAUUAUUGCAAAUAUUGUCGUUUCUCCAUAACUACACCUAACGAAAAUGGUCCAGAUCAGUUCGUCUCGUGAGAUUCCACGUUUAUGAAUCUUUCGAGCUCAGCAAUAAUUGAAUUGCAUUGACUAAAAACUUUCCCCAGUUGCAGGUUUAAUUUUCACCCAAACUAUGAUUCGGGGUUUUCUUCUCAGUUAAAAAAAAAAUCUUGGUUUUGCUCCCUUGGUGAGUUGAUUCCAAGACAGAAGAGAUGAAACGCAGCCCGGUGUCCUGCACAUCAUCCUGCCAAUCUGAUAUUUUUAGCCAGAAGUCCAAAGUAAAGCACAAAGUCUUUAGAUGCACAUGGUUGGUGUUUGACUUGUAUGGAGAAGUUGCAUUUGAAUCAUAGCAGAAUAGCAAAAGAAAAUUUUAAAAAAUUUGCACAGUAUGAACUUCAUACCCCUUUCAAUCCCCAAAAGAACAAAGUCUUGAGAAUAUUAUUUUACGAGUAUAUUUAUAAUGUUUUUAAAAUAGACUUUGCAGAAGUGCCUAAAUUUUGUCACAUCAGACUUGAUGAAAGUGAGCCUGAUGCCAACAGUCAAAUCUCAUCGGACGUGAAUAAUCUUUGAAACUCGUAGUCAGGUUACCAAAAAGAUCCAAGCUGUUAAGAAGUAAUUUCUGGAAGUGUAAAAUCAAACAAAACAAAAAAAACCAAGACCAAACUAACAAAAGAAAAGGCAAAAAAAAAGGCUGUAGAUUAAGAGAUUGUAUGAUACUCUAAUUUAAUUAAAAUUCAGUUGAGUCACUGAGACUUCAUAGGUGACUUUAAUCUAGGCUAUUAACUGAACACUAAGAAUGUAGAAUGAGAUUCAGUUUAAUAAAUCAUUACUGUAUUUGCAUUUUUUUAAUUGGAUUAUAAGAUUGUAACCAGAUUAGAGUGGAGAAAAAUUAGUUCUUUUAAUUGUUUUCCUUUAAAAACAUAUUUUAUGUCACAAAAGUAUGAAGAUAUCUUUAAUACAAUUAUAUACAUGUUAUAUAUACAUACAUACAUAUAUAUGGAUGAAGCAGAUUUUAAUGUUGUUUACUUUUUUAAAUACUUUGUUGAUUUACAAGGUAAUUAUAUAUGUAUAAUUAAAAUUUCAUUUGUUUGAUUUGAGAUUUGUUUCAAGCACUAUUGUACCAAAUAUUUCAUAUUUCACAUUUUAUAUGUUGCACAUGUAUCACAUAAAUUACAUAGUUUUUAAAUUAUUGUUUGAAAAAACAAGACAGCUGUUAUAAGUGGAUAUUAUGUAUAAUUGUUUGCAGCAUAAGUUUUCUAUGUGGACAUUACUAGUGAUUGCAGUAUUUUAACUUAACCUCUUCAGAUUGAUUGUAAACUAUUUUAAACUUUGGCAGCACUGCCUGUUCUGAACGACUGAAGGCACUAACCAUAUUAUUAUUUGUCUAGGAAAUUAUUUUCCAGGCUAAAUCUUGUUUGUCCGAUGUCUAAUUACUAUCUAUUUAUAUAUAAAGCUGGAGAUUUGAUCAUCCGAAAGAAAAACAAAUAAUCAUAAUUUGGUUGUAAAAUUAACAUAGUGCUUGUAACGUUGCGUUAGUUUAAUUUGUGGAAAAAUAAUGUAUCUUAACUUGUUAUUUAGCAGUUAAGGUAUCACCAUUAUAUACUAUUAAAACACUAAUAUUUGUAGACUUUCUCAGUCAUUAUAACUAGGUAGUUGACACUGCAACUUGCCUAUAUCUGUCAAAGUUGUUUUUAUUUUUUUAUAAUAGUUAAUUUAGGCAUUUGGGUAGCUUAUUGUAUAAUACUAAAUGGUAAAUUAUCCAUGUUUAAAUAUUUUAUGUAGAUAACUCUUCAAGACAUCAUUUUGUGUGAACUUUUUAUGUUUCAAAAUUACUGUUAUUCUAUGUUUUUUACAAUUAAUCCAAUAUUACUAUUUUUUGCCCAUGGAUGACGAAGCUUCAGAUACAUCAGGUCUUUCAUCCAGAUAAACUGACAGACAAAAAGAGAAAAUGUAUUUUUAAUAAGAGAUCCACUUUCCGACUUUAUGACUUUGUAAUAUUCCUGAAAACUGUACAAGUACAAACCUAUGCUAACAGUAAGGAGGCAAUUACAGAGAUGUGCAAAUACGUGUACAACAGAUUCUGCAUUUUAUUUAUUUAUAAAGUAAUUUUAUAGACUAUUUCAAAAUUUGGGAAAAUCUAAAACUAUUUUUCUGUAUAAAUAUUAUUUGCCAAAACUUUGUUUAUAUUUUAAAAAAAAGUCUAAUGAAAAUGAUUAAAUUUUAAAUGCUUUGUUUAAUUAAAAAAAUACAACAAGAAAUAUAACCCCCUAAAAGAACCAUGAGAUGGGCCAACACAGAGACAGUAAAUACUGUAGCUGGGACAUGGUUUCAAGUGACUUGAGAUGUCUCAGUGCUUAUUUUCUUCAAAGGAUACAGCACCUCACCAAAAUACCUUUUUGUUUGCCUCUCUCAUCCAGCAUAAUUGACGACACAUACAAUGAAUAUUUCAGUAACAGUUAAAACAAACCCCUCAAUUCACUCUUUUCCAGCAUAUAUAAUUACUAGUGGUCUGUUAAAUAGCCAUUCUAUUUCUGUUGUGACGUUAAAUUCAUUCACCCAAUGUACAACCACUGAAAUAAAAAGAAGCAUUUUAAAAUGA